AGUUGUAGGACCAUGGUAGAUUGAACAAAAACUAAGAGAUAUGGGAAAAGACCAAGAAGCUCCCCCGACUUACGAAGAGGCGGUCCAGCCAGGGUCUGAACCGCACUCUGGCGCCGCCCUGCCGCACCCAGCCGCACUACACACCGCCCCGCCACCAUCCUACGUGCCAGUAGAGGGCUACCCUGCUCCGCCAGAGAGUUACCAGCCGGGGGGAUACAGUGGUUACACAACAACAGCAGGGUACCCAGCACAACCCUACCCAGCACAACCCUACCCAGUCCAAGUACAACUCUACCCUAGUCAGCAGUACCCAGGAUCAUGUCAUCCAGUACAACUGCACUCUGCCUACAACGCAACCCCCUCAGUUACAGUUGUAGGAGCUCAGAUAAGGAGGGGCCCUGAUUACUCGGACAGUACUAGCGACUUAAGGAACGUGGGAAUACUAUCCAUGAUAACCUGCCUAUUCUGCUGCUGUCCAUUUGGCACUAUCGCCCUGUACAAGGUGUACCAGAGCAAUGAGUACGCUAAGAUAGGGGACAGACAGUUAGCGGAUAUAUCCCUCCACUCUGCGAGGAAGUGGGCACUGCUGGGCAUCAUUAUAGGCAUUGCUACGUACAUCAUGUGGUCAGUAAGGAACAUGCUGGGAUAGACAUACACCAUAACAUGCUGGGAUAGACACCAGGAUGCUGAUGCGUGUUUUAACCAGGACUUGUUUUUAAAACGUUAAGAUUCCAGAGCCACAGCUGAGUUGCUUCAAUGCUCGCUCUCUGUUGAGAAGAAAAGCUGCACGAUUCUGGGUGAUCAAUUGUUGUGAGAAUACUUAUGGGUGUGUACGAUGAUACCCAGGAACCAGAUUUCCAAUCAAAAUGUCAGAAUCAUGUCAUAAAGACGUACUAAAUACAACAUUGUUGCACUGGUAGUGGUACCGUGACCUAACAAGACAUUUCAAACUUUAUUUGAAAAUGUAAAUAGUUUGAGCUCUUAGAUCUUUAGAUAACAGGUUUGUGGUGCGGUGAUGAAAGCUGAACAAGCUGCCGUCAAGAGUGAAAUGAACCUACCUACUUUGAUACGUCUGUUACAAUAUAUUUGAGGAGUCCUCACUCUCCUCACGUCCAACAAUGGCGUUUCUCUUGUCGCUAAUAUGUAUAAUAUAUAUAAUAUCCAUUAUCCAAGUUUCCUAUUUUCACUAGGAUUUAAAGAUUUAAAUAACAAUUGGUACAAAAUUGUAAGAUGCUGCUGUUUUUUAUUUUACCUGCAUUUGUUCUUCUGUUUUUUAUUGUUUUAUUGGAUUAAACCCG